GAGCCGAGCGGGGACCAGCUGGUUACGCAGCGGCCGUGGGUCUCCACCCGAGAGUAUGGCGGCUGGGAUUGCACUGGGAAGCGAGGGAGAAGCGGAGACAUGCCAGAGGUGGUGAAAAGGAAACAAAGAGACGCAAGUUGCUUCAUCAAAGGUGGAGACAGUUUGAGUUGGGGCUGUUUCCCCGACGCGCAACCGGCUUGCAACAUCGCGCCUGCAGUUUAUUCUAGCUGCUGAAAGCCAGCGUUUUUCCACCAGUGUCCUCGAUGGAGCAAGUUUGUUUUUUUCUGAUGCACACACAGGAGGUGAGCUAAGCAGAUGAAAACCCGCACGCUCCACAUCAUCGGGCGAUAUCUCCUUCCUCCCCGUGCACAUUUUUGGACAUUUGCAGUCCUCGGAUGCCCGUCUAGCUGUCAGUGUCUGGCCUGCAUGGGGGAAUUUCUACAAUGAAAUCCAUCUUGGGGCACCGAGUCUUUGUGCUCUGCCAUAGCUGAGCAGCAGCGGCGGCAGGAGGGGAGCAGGACUGUGUUAUUGACAACCCGCUCAAAAUGGGACACGAAUGGUGACUGUGAUUCGUGCGCGAACGUUUUGAGUUCAUUUCAAUGACGCGCGGAGAUUUGAUACCUUACGACUUGAUUUAAUCCACGAUGCGCGAGUACAAAGUGGUGGUCCUGGGCAGCGGUGGGGUCGGGAAAUCCGCCCUCACUGUGCAGUUUGUCACCGGGACGUUCAUUGAGAAGUACGACCCCACUAUAGAAGAUUUUUACCGCAAGGAGAUCGAGGUGGACUCCUCGCCCUCGGUGCUGGAGAUCCUUGACACUGCUGGCACCGAGCAGUUUGCCUCCAUGCGGGACCUUUACAUCAAAAACGGUCAAGGAUUCAUACUGGUCUACAGCCUUGUCAACCAGCAAAGCUUCCAGGACAUAAAGCCGAUGAGGGAUCAGAUCAUAAGAGUGAAAAGGUACGAGAAGGUUCCUGUGAUCCUGGUGGGGAACAAGGUGGACCUGGAGAGCGAGAGGGAGGUAUCGUCCAGUGAAGGUCAGGCACUGGCCGAGGAGUGGGGCUGCCCGUUCAUGGAGACCUCAGCCAAGAGCAAAACCAUGGUAGACGAACUGUUCGCUGAGAUCGUUCGGCAGAUGGACUACGCCGCCCAGCCAGACAAGGAUGACCCCUGCUGCUCCUCUUGCAAUAUACAAUAGCCCCGGGGGCUAGGCAAAAAGUCCACUUAGAGGAAGCUACUUCGACCCGCAGCAGAGGGACACACACUUAGACACACACACAUGUACAUGCCAAUUAAACGGUAGAAAAAUUCAUGGUUGAACGCGACGGAUUUUAACUCCACGGAGCAUAAAAUCAGCAGUGACAUGAUUAUUAAUAACGACAUGUGAGUAAUGAAUACAGUUUGAACGAGGAAUGCCAGGAAUUUGCCGCAAGAGAAAUUGACAAAUGACUAAAAGGAACAUGCCCUCGCCUUAUGUUAGUCUCUUCUGUUGUUCGGGUUUGUUUUUGUCCUUUUGAGGUGUGGGGGGGAUCAUCAGCACACAAUCACAGAUCAGGAUCUUUACUCUUUAGGUUGUUCUACGGUCUGUUCAAAGUGAGUAAAUAAUGUUUUCUGGUUUUGUUUGUAUGAGAGAGGAUGCAUCUUUUGUUACCACCACUCAGUAGCUACUGUACACAAAUCCAGUAACAGAUAUCUGGGAUCCAGUUGUUCUAAAUGUUAAGGAGUAUUUGAUUUGCAGUAUGUGCAUUUUUCCUCCCAGCUUAUUUUGUGCAAGUGGUCGGCGGGAGGUUUUUCUACUCAUCACAGGGCUGAACCAAAGAGGUGACCUGAAAGCACCUCCAUUUUCUUAUUUUUGUUUUUUUUUCCAGUCGUUGAAAGUGGAAUGGAGAGAAAAUGGUGGAUAAGUCAGUGUCUUUCUUGAAACAUUGGUGCAGUCAUCUCUUUCCUAUUUUCUCACUAUGAGAUACAAUAGCAAACAAUUGCAGAGUCUUUCACAUAUCGUGUGAUGUUCCGUUUUCCUCUCUGGGGGACUCUGACAGCAGAUUGCCGAGUAGUAAUAUAACUAACUGCUUCAUCCUGAUGGGACAAAGAGUUCAUCUUUUCAGUGUUUGAAUAUCUCUACAGACGAUCGCUCUAAUCUCUUUUCAGGAAUGGGUGACAUUUUAAGUGAAGAUGCCAACAUUUGUCAUACUUUACUUCUUUUUUUUUCUCCUCCGGUAUCAAUAUGAGAAAUGGGGUGCGUACGAGUUUCAACAUCCUGAUCCCAUGCUGUAUGUGCUCAGAGUAUUCAAAUCCAUAGUAACAAAUAGUAACGACGAAGGCGAUGAUAAUAAGAAUAAUAAAUGGUAGUGUAAAUAUUUUGUAUUGAAAGUGCCAGCUCCUGUGAAGACACUGACUCAACACAUGUGGAAUUGUCAACUGUAUGCAUGGCUAGUAAACAAAAAAAGGACUCUUAUUGUUUGAGAUAAAUAUAGGCUGUGGAAAUGUGCAAACCAAACACGUCUGGAUCUGGACACUGUCUCAACUGUACAUCUGUGUUGCCACGGGAACCAAACUUUCCCCGUGUGACCAUUUUCAUUGUUGAUUUUAUAUUUUUUUAUGUGACCAUUUACUCUUUAUUCCCUCUCUGAAUGGUGACACUGUUACAUUUGACACCUAAACAAUAAAAGUGCGUUCAACACUCGA